GGCUGCUCGCAGAAGCUCCGCGUUCCCAUGGCGAAUGCGGAGCUCUGCACCUGGUUCAGCAAACUGUGUAGAUUAUUAGAUCCCUGAAAAUUACUGGGGAACUGAUCAAGAUUUCGAGCUAAAGAUGGAGGAAAUAAGUUGCCUAAAAGUUAUUCUUCUAAUGGAUUCAUUUCGAUCACCAUAAAGAAGAUUCCAAAUUCCAGGGUCCUUUCCAGCAAGGCCCUGCAACCUAUAGAAGUGCAUGUGCCAAUUCCUGAGCUGUGCCUUUAGGAAAACAUCACAGAGCUGCAGGAACUGGUGAACAUUUUCCCAGCCAUUCCACAUAAGGAUACCCUUGUGGAGUAAAGCUCAUCUGACCCUGCCUGCCUGUUGCCAUCGCUCCCGGAUUACUGCCUGGAUCUGGAUCAUUAAGAAGUUUGUAGCAGUGAAUCAGCAUCAGCACCAGGACUUGUGAGCCGAGAUCAUGGGCAACUACCUGAGCCGUCACCUGGGCAGUUAUCUCCACCGCUACGUGGAUACCAGCUCGAGUGCCCUGCUGCCCGAAGACCAGCAGCACCAGCCUACACCGACCAGAUCUGCCUUUAGCUCUUUCACGGAGGCCCAAUUCCUGACCCUCCCCAAGAGCUUGCAGUUUCAGCUCCGGUCCUCGUCCCUUGCUAAGGAGCCACCUGACCUGGUCCAAAACCCCCAGGGUGAGGGGGGGCAGAGAGCUGAGGGGCGGAGUCCAUUGCUGGGCACUCCCAUGCCCUGCACCUUCCUGGGGCAGGGUGGCUCUAGGGAGCUCCAGGGUGUCCUGAAGCCCGUCCUGAUGCGGUCCCUUGAGUGCCCAACCUGCAAGAGCCUGGCAAACACCACUCCUCCCAUAAAAGGUGUCUCUGAGGCAGAUGCCUUCUGCUUUGAGCUCCAAAAUAAUGAAAAGGUCCUGGUCGAAUCCAUGCAGCCCCUCCAUGGGCCCCGAAAAGUUAAAAGGAGGCUAGAUAUGUCCAAGGGCCUUGGGAAUCCAGAGGCCAAGAAAAUGAGGGGUAAUCCUGAGUAUUUGCCUUCUGCCUUCCAACCAGUCUGGAAGGAUGGCAUGGUCCGAAUGUUUGUGCCCCAGCCUGGUCCACUGAGGACCACCAUGUUCCCGUGAAACAAUAUGAUCCCAUAAGGGACUCCCUGGGCUUGCCCUGCUGUUGAGAUACCCCCUUCCCCAAAUCAGGGCAUUGUUACAGAGUCCCCUUCAGUUUCCUAUCCCCCAACCCCUGACUGUAACCCAAUAUAAAACACUUGGCACGUGCAGUAGCCUUUGCGCACCCAAAGUUGUGCCAAAUCUCCAGACCCUCACCCCUGUCACCUAACAACCCAGAAUACAUCCACUGUGGAUGUUCUCCUCCUAGACUUCCUUCUGUCCUCCUGUCCCACUUCCUGGGAGAUCAAAGGGAGACAUCCAAGUUGUUUUUGGUUGUUAUUUGUUGUGGAGCCACAGUGUAGCGGUGCUC